AAUGACUUUAAGUUUGAAUUGAAUUUUGAAUUUUCUCUGAUCCACACAGGGUCAAAUAUAAACGUACCCACUUAAAUCUUUUAAGAAGUGGAGUGUAGGGUUCUACAAUGUCUAAUAAAUUGAGAAGGUCAAUACCUAUUCUUGUUAGCAAUUGUGAUUAAAUACAAUUAGGAGUUUCUCUUUGCUAGCCUAAGGAUUUGUUUGACAACACUCUGGUUUGAUCAUCAGUUUAAACAACUGUAAGUACAAGUUGUUUGGCUGUAUCCUGGCUUUGCAGAGGUCUGUAAGAAGACCUUCCACUUUAAGAUGAAAGGACACAAAGCCUGCUAUGAAUUAGAAAUGGUUGGAAUGCCAGUGUCCACAGUGAAACAUGUUUUACAUCACCAUGGACAGUUCAAGCUCAACUUAAAUUUGAAGUUGCCCACAUGGACGAGCUAAAUGUCUUCUGGAGAAAAGCUUUAAGGUGAGAUGAGACAAAGAUUGAGCUGUUUAGAGGAGCAAAGGUGAGGCUUUCAAACCUAAGACUACUACCAGUUGUCAAGCAUGGUGGUGGUAACAUCAUGUUUUGCUGCCAGUGGUACUGGUCCAUUGCAGAAAGUGGAUGGAAUAAAUUCUUCAACUCAAAUCACCAGCUAGACUGUUAAAACUUGGACACAGCUCACCUCUACCAAUUCUGCCAGGAGGAGUGAUAAGUAUGCCAGAAGUUUUAUUGAUGGCUACCAGAACCGUCUGGUCUCGGUGCAACUCUUUCAAGAAGGCAGCACAUACAGACCUAUGCAGUGGCACAGCGCUCCCAACUAAAGAACUCAUAAUGGACUGCAGGAGGCACAGACAGGGUCACUCCCCUCUCAAUACAAAUGGAGAUCUUUCUUCAUCUUCAGGUUUCUGGGCAUCCACACGUCCGCCAAUCACAUCUGGACCCAUAACACCAACGCCCUGGUAAAGAAGGCCCAGCAGCAGCUUCACUUCCUCCAUGUGAGGAAGAAUAACCUGGACCGGAAGCUGCUGCUGCUGGUCUUCUGCCGCUCAUCAGUAGAGAGCGUGCUCUCCUACUGGGUGUUUCACCUGUUGCACUCUGGUCGGCAUCUCAGGUCAAUCAGGUCUCACACCUACAGACUUACAAACAGCUACUGAUUCCAUAUAAAACAAAUUGGAUGCUUAUACACUGGUAUGCCACUUUAAAAAUGUCAGCAGUGCAAUGUCUAGUGAAAAUGAACUGGUGCCGUUUAUUAAUGAUUAAUUGUAAUUGUAAUUGUAAUUUUUUAAUAGUGUCAGACUUAAGUUACAACGCUUUGUUGCUUGUAUUGAUAAAAAUAUCCUUCUUUAUGAAUUACUUCUUGAACACAAGGGAACGGUUCAUAUUACUUAAAGCGCUCCGAACCUGUCAGUUCUCUUUUUUUCCAUGAGCCAUUUUUCUUCAGUUACGAAAUUAUAACAGUAACCAAUCGGAUUCCUAACCGGCUUUUAUGGCCACGCCCCUUUGAAUGUGUUUGACCAUUCCGCUUCAUGUGUGGGCGGAACUUUACGCUGCUUACAGCUGCUAUCACAAACACUGGGAAGUCAAUGUCAAGCUGUCGGCCGCUGGUGUAUAGGAAACGCGGAGAGGAGCUUUAAAAUCAGCUUUAUUACACAGAGGUAAUCAUUAACAUCUGUUUUACACUGAGGAUCACGUCAUGGUCAGGUAGCUGCUGAGAGCGAUGGGGUUUUUCAGACAACUGUUCCUCCUGCUCUGGAAGAACAUCACGUACCGCAGAAGGAACAAGAUCCAGCUGAUUAUCGAGCUCCUCUGGCCGCUCUUCCUCUUCGUCAUCCUUAUCUCUGUCCGUCAUUCGCACCCUCCUUACAAACAGAGCCAAUGUCACUUUCCAAACAAAGCGCUGCCAUCAGCAGGGACCUUGCCCUGGAUUCAGGGCAUUAUCUGCAACAUCAACAACCCUUGCUUCCACAGCCAGACACCAGGGGAGACACCCGGCCAAGUCGGCAACUUUAACAACUCCAUACUGUCUCGGCUUCUAGUGGACGUCCAGGCCGUUCUGGCCUACAGUGGUAAUCAGAGCUUCGCCGGCUUUCAGAAGCUAAUGGAGAGCGUCCGGAAGCUGGGACAAAGAAAUGGAGCUCUGCCAAAUCUCCCAGUAAAACAAUACCUGAGACCCAAUGAGACAUUUUCCACCUUCCUCCUGACCAAUGCCAGCAUGUCACCUGUGACUGUGGACACGCUGCUAAAUGCUAGACUUAAUUUUCAGACUACACUGGCUGUAGCGGAGAUGCAGCUAAAGGACAUGGUGUGUAAUAGGAGCGUCCUAGAACAGCUGCUGACGGUGGACGGAGGAGAAGCCGCCAUGACUGAUCUUCAGACCCAGAUGUGUGACUUACCAGCUGAUGUGCUGCAGGAGACUGAGCGCCUUUUCCUGUCUCAGCUCGACUUGACCAAGUUCUUCACGAGAGACCGUCUAAUGGCCAACGCUGGAGAACUCAGGGUCAUCAGUCAGGCUGUCACCUCAGUUUCCCAGGAGCUCACUGCCCUCCUGGAUGAUAUCUCCUCCCUCUCCAGUUUUGCAGACAUGAGCGCGGCUCUUCGUGUCCUGUCUCCAGAAAAUCGUACAGCGAUGCCCAGAGAAAGUUUCAGAGCUUUUUCGAAGAUCGUGUGCGGUCACCAUGAACUUGACGGUGAACGCAUCCCGUCCCUUAACUGGUAUGAAGACAAUGACAUCAAGUCCUUUUUGGGCAAAAAUGGCACAGAGGACGUGAAUGUGGAACACAACAACAAUACAACUCCCUUCUGUAAAAAUCUGAUCCAGGCACUGGAGUCCAACCCUCUGUCUCGCAUUGUGUGGCGAGGAAUCAAACCUUUGUUCAUAGGAAAACUCCUCUACACACCCAACACUCCCGCAGUCCAGGAAGUUAUGAAAGAGGUGAACAAAACAUUUGAAGACCUGCAGAUUAUCCAGGAGCUAAAUGAAGCCUGGCUUGAGGUGGGACCACAAAUCAAGAGCUACAUGGAGACCAGUGUGGAGGUUAAGAUGCUACAGGAUUUGUUAAGGCAGCCAGAGAUUGCAGUACUGGUUAACCUGCGUUUGGAAGACACGCCCUGGACAGCUUCACGCAUCGCACGCUUCCUGUCGACACCCUCUCCAGAUAUCCCACGGAGGCCUGGCGCACCGCUGACCUGGCUGGACAUCUACAAUGACAUAAACCAAACUAUCUCCACUCUUGCACAAGUCACAGAGUGCUUCUCUCUGAACAAACUGGAGGGGCUGGAAACUGAGGGUCAGCUGAUUGAAAGAGCGCUGGAGCUACUAGAGGACAGGCAGUUCUGGGCAGGUGUGGUUUUCCUGCUGCCCAACACUUCCUCGUCUGAGCUGCCCCCACAUGUCACCUACAAGAUCCGAAUGGACAUUGAUGAUGUAACCCGCACCAACAAGCUCAAAGACCGGUUUUGGGAUCCGGGUCCAGCUGCUGACCCCUUCAGUGACAUGCGUUAUAUUUGGGGUGGUUUCGUGUAUGUUCAAGACCUGGUGGAGAGAGCGGUGAGCCGAGUGCUCACCGGAGUUCGACAGACUACCGGCAUCUACGUCCAGCAGAUGCCAUACCCCUGCUAUGUGGACGAUGUUUUUCUUCGAGUGCUGAACCGCUCUCUGCCGCUCUUCAUGACACUGGCGUGGAUCUACUCUGUGGCCAUGAUCAUCAAAGGUGUGGUGUACGAGAAGGAGGCGAGGCUGAAGGAAACCAUGAGGAUCAUGGGUCUAGGAACUGGGACACUUUGGUUCAGCUGGUUCAUCAGCAGCAUAGUGCCAUUCCUGGUUUCUGCAGCACUGCUCAUCGCUCUGCUCAAGUGGGGCGACAUCUUGCCGUACAGCAACCCAGCCGUUAUUUUUUUCUUCCUCACAGCUUUUGCCACUGCCACCAUCAUGCAAUGUUUCCUCAUCAGCACCUUCUUUUCAAAGGCCAACCUGUCAGCUGCCUGCGGGGGACUCAUCUACUUCGGACUCUACCUGCCUUAUGUCCUGUGUGUCGCCUGGAGAGACCACCUCAACAGCACACACCGAAUCUUAGCUAGUUUCCUUUCUCCUGUAGCCUUUGGCUUUGGCUGCGAGUAUUUCUCUCAGUAUGAAGAGCAAGGCGUGGGCAUUCAGUGGUACAACCUGCACUCCAGCCCUGUGGAAGGAGACCGAUACAGCUUCACUGUCUCCAUAGUUAUGCUGUAUGUGGAUGCCUUCAUCUAUGCCAUCGCUGCCUGGUACAUCGAAGCAGUGUUUCCUGGUGAGUAUGGGAUCCCCAGGCCAUGGUACUUCAUCUUUCAGCUCAACUACUGGGGAGGUGUUCCCCUUGAAGCAGGCAUGCCGAUCCCCCCUGCACCUACAGAACAGAAUGAAGAUCACAUUGAACCAGAACCCAGUAACAUGAUUCUGGGCGUAAGCAUCAGAAAUCUGGUGAAAAUCUACAAGAAGGGGGGGAAACUGGCCGUAAACCACCUGAACCUGAAGUUCUAUGAGGGGCAGAUCACUUCUUUCCUGGGCCACAAUGGAGCCGGCAAAACCACCACCAUAUCUGUCCUGACCGGUCUGUUCCCACCCACCUCUGGGACCGUGUACAUCAAAGGGAUGGACAUCCGCCAUGACAUGGACCUCAUCAGGAGGACGCUGGGAGUUUGUCCCCAGCACAAUGUCCUGUUUGACAUGCUGACGGUAGAGGAGCAUGUGUGGUUUUAUGGCUGUAUGAAGGGUUUGUCCGAAGCAGAGGUGAAGGCGGAGCUGGACACUUUGCUGGAGGAUGUCGGCCUCCUGCACAAGCGACACGAACAGACCAAAAACCUCUCAGGCGGCAUGCAGAGGAAGCUGUCUGUGGCGAUAGCGUUUGUCGGAGGCUCAAAGGUGGUCGUCCUGGAUGAACCUACAGCUGGGGUUGACCCGUACUCCCGCAGAGGGAUCUGGGACCUGCUGCUCAAAUACCGCAAAGACCGGACCAUCAUCCUGUCCACCCACUACAUGGACGAGGCAGAGUUGUUAGGUGACCGGAUCGCCAUCAUCUCUCAGGGGAAGCUGUGCUGCUGUGGCUCACCGCUCUUCCUUAAAUCCCAGCUGGGGUCUGGCUACUACCUCACUGUGGUGAAGAGGGAAGGACUGGACACCAGCACUCCCAGUAAUUUCAGUAUUUCCACCAGUGCCAGCUCCAACAAGCUCCCUCCUCUCAUCAAGGACAGCGACUCAUCACUGAGUGAAGACACCGGGCUGGGAAGUGAGGAUAGCAGCUCAUAUUUGGCAGCUUUGCUGUCACUGGUUCAACACCACAUCCCUGGUGCCAGACUGGUGCAGGAGUCUAGACGUGAGGCGGUGAUCAACCUGCCACAGACGGCCGCCAAAGACAGCAGCCUGGCCAUCCUACUGAUCGCACUGGACCAGAGACUGACUGAACUGGGAAUCAGCAGCUACGGGCUGUCAGACAGCACGCUGGAGGAGAUCUUUCUGCGGGUGGCAGAGGAGACAGGUGUGGACACUGAAGCAGAGGUGCAGCCUGAAUCACCCCACAGCCAGCAGCCGUCAGGACAGGGAACUGAUGGCCAUCCUCUAGACGAAGCAGAAACAGGAAGGAAAAAGCCUCAUAGAAAAGCAGAACCUCAGGAGACAGACCUGCUGAAUGGCGAUGGCCACGGUGGGGUGCCUGCAACCGGCUGGUGGCUGACAUGGCAGCAGCUGAGAGCGCUCUUCAUCAAACGCUGGCUUUACGCUCGGAGGAGCCGUCGGGGAAUCUUUGCCCAGAUCGUUCUCCCUGCUGUAUUUGUGCUGAUCGCCCUGCUCUUCAGCCUUAUUGUUCCUCCUUUUGGGAAGUACCCUGCCCUGCAGUUGCAUCCCUGGAUGUACGGCGAGCAGUACACCUUCUUCAGCAACGAUGAUCCUGGAAACCCAGCAAUGGAGAAUCUGCUUGAAGCUCUCCUUGACCAGCCUGGAUUUGGUACCAAGUGCAUGGAAAAGGAGGACAACAUGACGGAUCCUCAGUGUGAAGCUGGGCGGGGUGGUUUAUUCAUGAGGCCACAGUUAUCUUACUCUACCUGGGACAUGUUCAGCAGAGGCAACUGGAGCAGAGACAGACCCUCACCUGAAUGUCAGUGCAGCACAGAAGACGUCUACCGAAUGCUCCCCGAGUGUCCUGAGGGUGCUGGAGGGCUUCCGCCUCCACAGAUUAAAAGGCCGACUGGAGACAUCCUGCAAAAUCUGACAAGUUAUAACAUCUCAGAUUACCUGGUGAAGACCUACUCUCAAAUCCUUAAGAAAAGCCUAAAAACCAAGAAGUGGGUGAAUGAAUUCAGAUACGGAGGCUUCUCCUUCGGAGGUAGAGCUGUAUCUCAAACCCAAUAUCUCCAAGACUCGGUCAUGGCCAUCAGGACUCGUUUCCGAGUCCCACAGAACAGUUCACUGGGAAACCUGCUGCACAGACUCCCAGAGGUCUUAGGAGGGCUGAACAGUGAAAACAAUGUGAAGGUGUGGUACAACAACAAAGGCUGGCACGCCAUGGUGUCAUUUGUCAAUGUGAUGAACAACGGCCUGCUGAGAGCGAGUCUGCCACCAGGUCCUGAGAGGAGGAAGCACGGCAUCACUGCCUACAAUCACCCACUCAACCUCACCAAGGAGCAGCUCACCGAAGUAGCCAUGAUGACUACAUCGGUGGAUGUCCUGGUUUCCAUCUGUGUGAUCUUUGCCAUGUCCUUCGUGCCGGCCAGUUUCGUCCUUUUUCUGAUCGAGGAGCGAGUCAGCAAAGCUAAACACCUGCAGUUUGUCAGCGGGGUCAAACCGAUUCUCUACUGGCUGGCCAAUUUUACUUGGGACAUGUUAAACUACACCAUUCCUGCUAUCAUGGUGGUGCUGAUUUUCAUCAGUUUCCAGCAGCAGUCAUACGUUUCUGAGACCAACCUGCCCGCUCUUAUCCUGCUCCUCCUGUUCUACGGGUGGUCCAUAACCCCUCUUAUGUACCCAGCAUCCUUUGUGUUCACUGUCCCAAGCACAGCUUAUGUAUUUUUGACCUCCAUCAACCUCUUCAUUGGAAUCAACGGCAGCAUCGCCACCUUCGUCCUGGAGCUGUUUGUAGAUGAGUAUCUGAACGAGGUGAACAGAAUCCUGAAGAAGGUGUUUUUAAUCUUCCCUCAUUUCUGUUUGGGACGAGGACUUAUCGACAUGGCCAAAAACCAGGCCAUGGUGGAUGCCUUCAAAAGACUGGGUACCAAACCAAGCCUGGACCCCCUUCAGUGGGACUUUGUAGGAAAGAACCUUUUUGCAAUGGCAGUAGAAGGUGUUGUCUUCUUCAUCUUUACCAUACUCCUUCAGUACAAAUUCUUCAUCCGCUACAGGCCUUGGUGGACUAAGCCUGAGUUGCCUCCUCUUGGUCCAGAGGAUGAGGAUGUUGCGAGAGAGAGAGAGAGGGUCAAAAGUGGGAAAGCACACUCAGACAUCCUCACCAUGAUCGACCUGAGCAAGGUUUAUAAAGCUGGCAGAAAGCCAGCCGUAGACCGUCUUUGCCUCGGGAUUCCUCGCAGCGAGUGUUUUGGGCUGCUUGGGGUCAACGGAGCUGGGAAGACUUCAACAUUUCGGAUGCUGACUGGAGAUACACCUGUCACUCAUGGAGAGGCUUUCCUCAGCCAGCACAGUGUGCUGACAGAAAUGGAGCAGGUCCACCAGCUGAUGGGUUACUGCCCACAGUUCGAUGCCAUCAGCGACCUGCUCACAGGUCGGGAACAUCUGGAGCUGUACGCCCGCCUGCGAGGGGUGCCAGAGGAGUUCGUCUCUAAGGUGGCGCAGUGGGGUGUGAAGAAGCUGGGGCUUACUCAGUAUGCAGAUCAGGAGGCUGGAGGCUACAGCGGGGGCAACAAGAGGAAACUCUCCACAGCUAUCUCCCUCAUCGGGUCUCCACCUGUCAUAUUCCUGGAUGAGCCCACCACUGGCAUGGACCCAAAAGCCAAAAGAUUUUUGUGGAACUGCAUCCUCAGUGUCACCAAAGAGGGAAGAGCUGUAGUGCUAACCUCACACAGCAUGGAGGAGUGCGAGGCACUUUGCACCAGGAUGGCCAUCAUGGUCAACGGCAGGUUUCGGUGUCUUGGGUCUGUGCAGCACCUGAAGAACAGGUUCGGUAAUGGAUACACCAUCAUCCUUCGUUUGGCAGACACCAAAUCGGACCCUGACUCGUGUCCCGUCAGCGCCUACAUGAAGGAGUGUUUUCCCAAUAUUGAGCUGAAGGAGCGGCACCAGAAUGUGCUGCAGUACCAGCUACCGUCGCACGCCUGCUGCCUUGCUCGCGUCUUCGACGUGCUGGCAAACAACUACGAGGAGCUGGACAUCGUUGAUUUCUCCAUUUCACAGACCACGCUGGACCAGGUGUUUGUCAACUUUGCCAAGGAUCAGACUGAUGACGACUGCCUCACAGAUGUGGUCGUCAGCAACGGGACAGUACAGCCAAACGCACCCGAGCACAGAGUUAAUCCUCCCAUCAAUAAACCACAACCACCAAUCGUUCCUCCUCAACCAAGCAAAAGUCCACACCUGCCUGGGAAAUCAUCUGACAGCAAGGCAAAGGCGGGUAAGCCGAAAAAAGAAAAAUCUAGCAAAGGCAAAUCUGGCUCUGCAGCAAUGCGCGCAAUACCACAGCCAGAGGAAAUGGCCCGGGAGGUGGCUAAUGUGAGCCGCAGGGCCAGCACUGAAUCAGACGGCAGUAACAGCGGUGUUCAGGGAGAAUCAGGUAAAUCUCGUGGGUCGAAACGCAGAGCAGAGAGUUCCAGCAAAGAUCCCUCUGUUCUCUUUAUAGUCGGCGGCAACUCAGAGGAGAGCACGCUAUGAAGCGGACUGGCACUAAACGAGCGGACCAAAGACAAACAAAAGCUUCAUCUUCCCCUCUGUAUCAUCAUUUGAAUGCUGCAAAGUCUUCACAGGGACAUGAACAAAUGAGCACUUUAAAGUCCAUCAGUAAGAAAACGGCAGUGGAGAAGUGGACUGAAAUGUUACUGUCUGAGAAAAACAGAGUAGAAGCUUUAAAAGAAACAACCGAAGGUCCUUUGUGGUAAUGACUUCGGUGCCUUGCUCAGCUCUUUCAUCUAUAACUCUUUACCCUUCACAGCAACUAAAAUAAGUAUAGAAAGCAUCAGUUUUAUAAGCAAAUAAAUUUCUAAAGGUGCGGCUCAAAUCCUCACCAGAUGACAGUAAAACUAUACCAUACCAUAUCAAACAAUAGAUGUCCACAAAUUAUGUUUUGUGUGAUAAUGAGAAAUUACACAGAGGAAAAAGUGCUGAACACGGUUACUGAAAUGGAUUUAAUACUUUGUUAAAAAAAAGGAUGCAUGUAGGCCAUCGUGGAUGAGUGCAUCCACGGGGGCGAUCGUGGCUCAAGAGUUGGGAGUUCGCCUUGUAAUUGGAAGGUUGCCGGUUCGAGCCCCGGCUCGGGCAGUCUCGGUCGUUGUGUCCUUGGGCAAGAACUCUUCUGAUCAUCCUUUUCGCUCCUCUGUCUGAAGUCUUGCAAAGAGCCGCUGGUUGUGACUGGUUUGUGGUGAAAUUAUGUCCUUUCCACUUCACGAUUAUGGCCCCAACAGUGCUCACUGGAACCGUCAGUAGUUUAAAAAUUCUUCUGUAACAAUCCCAUCAGCAUGUUCAGCAGCAACAAGCAUGUGAAGGUCUUGACAGAUCUCAUUGGUUUUACCCAUCAUGAGAUGUUUCUUGUAUGACAGCUUGGUAAUGAGACACAUUUUAUAGGCCAUCAGUUAGAACUGAACCAGCUGAUAUUCAUUUGCACUAAGUGGCAAAUUACUAAUGACUGAUUUCAGCUGAUGUCAUGACUUUUGCCUUUUGCGUCUCACUUUCAGUACUUUUUCCUUGUCAUUUCUCAUUAUUACACUUAAUUUAUUAUUAACUUAAUUUAUUGUCAUCUGUGGUUUGAUUUAUUUGCAUGUGUGGAUUGGAUGGGUUGUUACUGACAUCUGGUGAGAAUUUCAUGCCGGUAGCACCUUUAGAAAUAGAUUUACUUCAAAAAUUGGCGACGUUCAGUACUUAUUUCACCAGCUGUAUAUGGGUUGAUUAGUCUUACACUGUGUCUUCUCUUUCUGUGUCAGUGUCAUCACUCCUCAGUGGUUUAUUUGUCCUGAAUGAAUGUUACGCAGGGCUCGCUGCUAAACCAGUGAGCAGUGUAGCUCAGGAUUCAGUCAUUAGACCUCUUACAACCUCAUCUUUGUUUUACAAAAAGCAUUCUUUCAGUCUGAAAACUGAAAUAUUCAGACUGUAUGUUUUAUGUUAAUUCUUAAGGUGGUUUUAUAGGUUAGAGCAGCGGUCCCCAACCUUUUUUGCACCACGGACCGGUUUAUGCCCGACAAUAUUUUCACGGACCGGCCUUUAAGGUGUCGCGGAUAAAUACAACAAAAUAAAACUAGUACCG